GCGGAACACGUCGCUCGUCGCGGACCGGGAGCAGCGCGAGCGGCGGCUGGCGCGUUUCAAAGAGGCGGUGCGGAUCCCCACCGUGUCCUUCUCCCGCGAGCAGAGCAACACCACCGCGCUGCGUCACUUCCACACGUUCCUCCGCAGAGGUACGAGCCGCACGAGACCGCGUGGCACCUGUCAGUCGAACGUGCGCGCGCGCACACACACACACACACACACACACACACACUGCACGUGGUUUAUUAUCGAACAGUUCGAGCAGCAUCUAAAAUCAAAAUGGCGCCACAGGUGUCAGCAGAUCAAUGAAUAGCUACACGGCCGGAGUUACCUCCUUGGUGGCCCAUACAUGUACUGUGCCCCCCCCCCCCAAAAAAAACAUGUGUUCCCGAAAUGUCAAAUUUGCUGAGGAAGUUUCGUAAUUCUUUAAGUGACCAGGAAGUAUUUCAUCUGAGGCCGUGAUACAAGCUGUUCGGAUUCAAUAAGAGUUUAGGAAAAGGCACUUCAAUGCUUCCUUUCCUAUCUCCCUUAGAAUAUAGGGCACACUGGAGCUUUCCUAUGAGAAAGGAAAGGAGCUAUAGACGCCCGACAAUUCAUAUUUAACGUGACGUGCCAUGUACGAACGUAAACGAUUCAGUCAGAAGUAGAAGUAGAAGAGUAUGAAUAUGACCCAGAAGAGACGUCAUCAUGUAAGUUACUGUUGCAUAUUAAUCAUAACAUCUGACGUCACACAUGCUGAUGGAGCCGCUGAGGUUUUUGUAGUCCAUCUUCAGAAGUUUUUUCAGAAAACCUUCUUGACCACGGAAAAACACGAUCCCAUUUGAAGGCAGCAGUAAAUCAUUAGGUACCUGUGUACAUCUAUCUGAUGGCGGGAGUGAAAUGCAAUACAGCCUUCCCAAAAAUUUUCUCUUCGAGCUUGGUUCAUCAUGAGUUAGUGGCCAACUACAGCCACCUGUUUCGGGUGGAAGGAUCACAACCUGACCUUGUGCCAUACCUGCUGCUGGCCCACAUCGAUGUGGUACCCGCAUCGGAGUCGGACGACUGGGAGGCACCGCCGUUUUCUGCCAAGGAGAUAGAUGGCUUCAUCUAUGGUAGAGGCACCAUAGACAACAAGAGCUCUGUAAUGGGAAUACUUGAGGCGUUGGAAUACUUGCUAGGAAAAGGCUACGCUCCGCGCAGAGGAUUUUACAUCGGUCUUGGUCAUGAUGAAGAAGUCGGCGGUUUGAAGGGGGCACUGAACAUGGUGCGUGUGCUGAAACAGCGUGGCGUGCAGCUGUCCUUCGUGCUAGACGAGGGCUUGGCUAUCGCGGAUGGAAUCAUCGUUGGUCUCGAAGGACCUGCUGCCCUAAUUGGGUUAACUGAAAAGGGCAUGGCCCAUGUAAAGCUGCGUGUGUCUACGGCCCCUGGUCACGCCUCAAUGCCUCCCAGGGAGACCUGCAUUGGGAUCUUGGCUGCAGCAGUGAAAAGACUAGAGGAGAACCCUAUGCCGAGAUUAUUUGGUUAUGGUCCUGAACGCGAAACCUUUGAACACUUGGCCCAUAAGUUCGGGCUUCCAUUGAAGUUCAUAAUGUCGAAUUUGUGGCUGUUCUCUCCAGUCCUCGGCAGGUUACUGGAAAGAAAACCAGAAACUAAUGGUCUCGUAAGGACAACCACAGCAGUCACCAUGUUUAAUGCGGGAGUUAAGGACAACGUCCUCCCUUCCCACGCUGAAGCUCAUGUGAAUUUGCGAAUCCACCCGGCUCAGUCAUUACAAGAGGUACUGGACCAAAUCCAUUCCACAGUGGGGGACCAGCGAGUGAAGAUAGAGCUCAUAAGUGGGUUUGAAGCUCCGCCUGUCAGCUCUUCUGAUGAAAAGUCCUUUGGCUUCCAGAUCAUUAAGAAAACUGUGCUGGACGUGUUUCCAACAGUUACAGUCGCUCCAGGUAUUUGUAUUGCGAACACAGACAGUCAACACUUUAAAGACCUGACCAAGGAUAUUUAUCGCUUCCUGCCUGUCUGGCUUACACCAGGUGACACUCAGAGAAUCCAUGGCAUAAAUGAAAGGAUUUCCAAAAAGAACUACGAGGAGUACGUAAUGUUUUACUUCAGUCUGAUCCAAAACUGUGACAUUCAGAAGCUGCCUGAGCCUCACAGCUCUGUCCAUGAACUCUGAGGAACCGACAGCAUCGCUAACCAGUCAAACAAAUGCAAUCCAGAGGCUGGUGUUGUUGUAAGUCACAAUAAUUUCAAUAGCACUCAACUGACUGACUUAAUCCUUUGUCACAGAAUUUCAAAAAACUAAAUGAUGCAAUUCUGCAUUGUAGAUCCAAGGGGUAAAAUUUACCAGUGGCCUGUAAUUUUAGCUUCACUGUGAAUAACUGACUUAUUUCAAUCUUUUGUGAACAAUACAGUAGAUGCAAUAAAAUAAUCAUUGGACAAAUA